UCCAGUGUGGGCAGUGAAGGAGCAUUGGCUUACCGAACGAGCUUCGCCCCCUUCACUGAACGACUCAGCGUUUUAACGAUUCGUUUACAAAAGAUUCGUUCAAAACACCGAUUUGGAGCGGCACUGAACAAGACAUUUCGUUCGUGAACGAGGGUCUGUUGGCCGUCUGAUGAGAGGUGGCAUUUCAUGUCGUUAAUUCUUUUGCUGAAGUGACCAGAAGUUUGAGUAUGGAAGAAAACUGAGGUUGGUGUAAUGCAGUUCUCAAAAGUUUUGUCAGCUCAUAAAAAAGCUUCAGAAUUCCCAGGAACAGUGCGCAGGUGUGAAGUGGCUCUGUUCAACUGAUGUGGAUAGUUUGAGUGGUUUAUGGCUCCAUUUCUUGCUCUCUCACGUUUUCUUCACCUGCAGCAGCCACUGCGGGUGGGAUUAGCAUCAUUGUACUCUCGCAGUAUGUCAUCAUUAGACACGCGAGCCAGGGCUGUGUUUUCUGCUGCGGUUGAAGGUGUGCAGCCAGACAUAGUGGUUCGCAGGGGUCUGGAGCGACAUGGGAACAAACUCCUUGUGGGUGGACAGAGUUUCACACUUACCAAUAACCUUUAUUUGGUGGGCUUCGGUAAGGCGGUGCUGGGGAUGGCAGCAGAAGCAGAGAGGAUUGUAGGGGACCAUCUAAUUAAAGGGGUGGUCAGUGUGCCUCAUGGUAUCCAGAAUACACUGCGGAAUCAUGGGAAAGAGAAGAUGCUGCUUGAGAAUCACAGCAGAAUUACAGUGAUGGAAGGAGCAAAGCACAAUUUACCUGAUACAGAUGCCCUGAAAUCAGCCGAAUGUAUACGAGAACUGGCCAGUGGACUGACUGAGAAUGAUGUGCUGCUUGUGCUCAUCUCUGGUGGUGGUUCUGCACUUUUACCUGCACCAGCCCCACCAAUGUCCUUGCAGGAGAAACAGGAUGUGACACGAAAACUUGCAGCAGCAGGAGCAACAAUUCAGGAGUUAAAUACAGUGAGACGAGCCCUGUCAUUGUUAAAGGGUGGAAGCCUUGCACAAUAUGCCAACCCAGCCAAGGUGGUGGCUUUGAUUCUGUCAGAUGUUAUUGGAGAUCCUCUGGAUUUGAUAGCCAGUGGUCCAACAGUCAGGAGUGACUCCCGGCCAGAGGAGGUCUGGGCUAUCUUGGAUCGUUAUAAGCUCUCUGACUCUCUUCCUUCCUCUGUGAAAGAGGUGCUUAGCAAAGCUAGGCCUCAUGGGUCGCAGGUGCAAGAACAGCCACAAGAAGUCAAAGACCAUGUUUUAAACGUUGUAAUUGGCUCAAACACCAUUGCUCUUGAAUGCGCAAGCCGUAAGGCCAUUGAAUUAGGACUUCGCCCUGUCAUUCUGUCUCCAGGAGUAUGUGGUGACGUUCGCUCCGUUGCACGACUAUACGGGCUGCUCUCAAGUUUUGCAUGCUCCCCAGGAAAGGAACCUCCUCCAGAGCUUGCUGCAGAGAUCCUUCAGCUAGGGCCACAGGUUGGGAUAGAAAGCUGGGAUUUGUGUCGCACCAUGAACGUGCUUGUAGAGGAGAGGAAGGAAGGCUGGGGUGCGACAUGUCUGCUGGCUGGAGGAGAACCCACUGUGCAACUGACAGGAAAGGGCAGGGGAGGGAGGAACCAGGAGUUGGCUCUGCGGGUGGGGCUUGAGCUCAGUGGUGGUGAAGUGAAGAGUGGUGCAGUGUUCCUCAGUGGAGGAACCGAUGGACAGGACGGCCCCACUGAGGCAGCUGGUGCCGUCACUGAUGGGGAACUGAUGGAAGAGGCUGCAUCUCAAGGUCUGGACAUUGAUGGCUUUCUCACCAAUAAUGAUUCAUUCACAUUUUUCUCACAGCUCUCUGAAGGACGACGGUUACUCAUGCCUGGACUGACAGGAACCAAUGUGAUGGAUGUGCAUGUUAUGCUGCUGCCACAAUCACCCCAGAAACUUCCAAAUAUUUGACUUUAGCUUGAUUUGUGAUUGGAAGCAACACAAUUAUGGAGGAAUAAAUUAUUUUUUUUCCUCCAAGUUCUGCCAGAAGUGCACUUUUUAAAGUUUUUCACAAUAUCACUCAUUUUAACCACUUGUAAUGUGUUCUCUUUUUUCAUCAAUGACUCCUCUAUAUUCCUGAACCAAAGUGCUUUUUUAUGUGUACUUCAAUACACUGAAAUACAAUUUACUUAUUAAAUAAAUAACAGGAAACCAAUACACAAAA